CGCUGUCCGUCAGCGCCGCUCUUAAAGGGCCCGCGCAGCCUUUGCGGGGCCGGGCGCGGGGGGGGGGUUCGUUCGGUACCCGGAGGGGGGGGGGCGGGCGGCGGCCGCGGGGCUCGGGCGGGCCCGGGGAGCGGCGGGGGCCGGUAACGGGGGUUAAACGGGCAACGGGCAACGACCCCCCCCGGGGCCCCCUCCCCGCCGGGCCGCAGCCUUCAGCCGGAGCUGCCGCAGCGCCCAUCGCAGCGCAGGCAGGAUGAUGUGCGAGGUGCUGCCCACCAUCAGCGAGGACGCGCGGCGCGGCUCGGGCGCGCCGGAGGAGCCGGGGCUGGAGCAGCUCAUGGUGCAGAUGCUGCGGGAGCGGGAGCGGCUCCUCGACACGCUGCGGGACACGCAGGACGCGCUGGCCACGGCGCAGCUGCGCAUGCGCGACCUGGCGCACGAGAAGGAGCUGCUGCAGCGGCAGCUCGCGUGCGCGCUGCCUCAGGAGCUGGCGGCGCUGACCAAGGAGCUGAACCUGUGCCGGGAGCAGCUGCUGGAGCGGGAGGAGGAGAUCGGGGAGCUCAAAGCCGAGAGGAACAACACCCGGCUGCUCCUGGAGCACCUCGAGUGCCUGGUGUCCCGCCACGAGCGCUCCCUGCGGAUGACGGUGGUGAAGCGCCAGGCGCAGUCACCCGCCGGCGUCUCCUCCGAGGUCGAGGUGCUCAAAGCCCUCAAGUCCCUCUUCGAGCACCACAAGGCCCUCGAUGAGAAGGUCCGGGAGCGGCUGCGGGUGGCUCUGGAGCGAGUGGCCGUGCUGGAGGAGGAGCUGGAGGUCUCCAACCAGGAGGCGCUGUCCCUACGGGAGCAGCUCUCCCGGCGACGUUCCGGCCUGGAGGAUGCGCCCAGCGACGGGGACACCCCGGCCCCCGGCGAGGGCCGGCGCCGGGAGCUGGAGCUGGAGGCGUCGCUGUGCCGGCAGCGGGCCGUGGCCGCGGCGCAGCGGGAGCGCGCGGCCGCCAUGAGCCGGCAGCUGGGCCGGCUGCAGGACGAGGCGGCCGCGGCCCAGCGCGAGCUCGCCCGCGCCCAGGAGAGCGGCGCCAAGCUGCAGAGGGACCUCAAGGAGGCGCUGGCGCAGCGGGAGGACAUGGAGCAGCGCAUCGCCACGCUGGAGAAGCGGUACCUGAGCGCCCAGCGCGAGGCCACGUCCCUGCACGACGCCAACGACCGCCUGGAGAACGAGCUGGCCAGCAAGGACUCGCUCUAUAGACAGAGCGAGGAGAAGGGGCGGCAGCUGCAGGAGUGGCUGGAGGACGCCAAGGCCAAGCUCCAGCAGACGCUGCAGAAGGCCGAGACCCUGCCCGAGAUCGAGGCCCAGCUGGCCCAGAGGGUGGCGGCGCUCACCAAGGCUGAGGAACGCCAUGGCAACUUCGAGGAGCGGCUCCGGCAGCUCGAGGCCCAACUGCAGGAGAAGAACCAGGAGCUGCAGCGGGCCCGGCAGCGGGAGAAGAUGAACGAUGAGCACAACAAGAGGCUCUCGGAGACCGUGGACCGGCUCCUGAGCGAGUCCAACGAGCGGCUCCAGCUCCACCUCAAGGAGCGCAUGGGAGCGCUGGAGGAGAAGAACUCACUGAGUGAAGAAAUCGCCAACAUGAAGAAGCUGCAGGACGAGCUGCUGCAGAACAAGGAGCAGCUCCUGGCUGAGAUGGAGCGGAUGCAGCUGGAGCUGGACCAGCUCCGGGGGCGCCCCGUGUCUUCCUACUCCAGGUCCCUGCCGGGCAGCGCCCUGGAGCUGAGGUACCCCCAGAGCCCCGCCGGGGGCCCCCCCCUGGAGCCCUACGGCCCCGCCGCCCCCCCCCGCCGCGCCCGCAAGGGGCGCUGGGCCCCCCCCAAGGAGGACGCUACCAAG